AGAUUGAACCACGGAUAUCCAUCAUUCCCUCACGUUAACAAAUUUAAUUUCCCUUUGCCUUUCCUGAAGGAUAAAAGAAAAAAAAAAAAAUUGACAUUAUCAGCUGUAUUCAAACAACAUUUUCAAUGCUGUCCCGGCGCGUGUCAUUGUAAAUUUGAAGAAAUUGAAAGAAAUAAAAAAAAUGGAAGAAAUAGAAUACAAGUUAAAUACAAAGAACAGUGUUUUAAUCGUGAACGCAAUUGAUAAGUUAAUAUAUACAAUUAAAUCGAAGUAUAAAGUCAACCUUCGACAAAAGUUUGUAUUGGAGAAUGAGGAAUUGAAAUUUUUAAGAGAAAAGUGUACCUCCAAGGAGGCUACAGUGAGCUUGACCGCUUGCCAAGGCCUGUUGGCGCUGGUGGAGCUGGGUGUAUUAGAAAUUGGGCACACUAUGUCGACUGUUAUAACCUUACUACCUAGCGCACACAACCAUUCAGCAAUAAUUUCCACAAUGGCUGGCCUACUGAUUUUGGACCUGAAAUCUCGUCUUGUACCUGGACAGCCGUACAAGUGCCAGUUCUCUCUGAAAUCCCCCAAACAUCCGUUCAUAACGGUGCUGGAGAAAAAUAAGAAUGCAGAAGAGGAUGUACUUGUACAAAUGCAUGCAUUGUGCACACAUCCUGAUUAUAUAGUAUCAUCCAACAGCUUGGAACUUCUUCGUGCAGUUUUCAUAUGGCUGACGUGUAACCCCCAGCACAGUAGUGGCAUCAGGCCAUGGCAACUGCUGCUCAGUCUGCCUCAGUCCACUGCUCAGUCAACGUUACUUCUAGCUUGUCUCAGUUGUCAACAGGUAUGCAACCCGAGCCUGAUAGAGAAAGCUUUCGAGGCAUAUUCAGUGGUGACUGACGCGGCAGUGUACAGACAACAUACUGAGUACAUUGUGGCUCUACUACCAAUGUUGGCGCGAAUAUCAACCGAGCUUAUUAAACAUGGUCGAGAUCCACGCUCCUGCUACACACUAAUAGAUCGUUGCUUCGCUCUGGAUGCGCCGCAGUUGAGGAACGUGGCCGGCCUGGUGAUCGCACUGCUGGCUGAAAACCUCGCCAUCAGCUCCGCACUCCAUCUGCACGAACUCUUCAACUUGUGUCUUAAUAUUGUAAAUAAAUAUGAACACUCAACGAUAUCACUAAAUGCGUUCGUUGCGCUGUCAUUACAAUGGCUCAAUCUGCCCUCGUACCUCACGUCUGAAGCUCUGAAGAUAGCCUCCAAAAUACUCGACAUCUACCAAACAAGCACCAAAGACAACAGACUACACAUGCCCAACUUAAAAACUAAUAAGAUAUUCCAAUCAUUACUCUAUACGGACAGCCAUUUGUCUAUAACCUUCAAACUGAAUGAGACAUGGGAGAGAGUCAGAGAUAAUCCGGAUAAAUUGAAAAGUUGGUUUGAUUCUAUAGAAAAAGUAGAUGACACAUUUAAAUUUGAGUUGUUGCCGUUUCUACUCGGGGUGUGUUUGGAGAAGAGGAUGGAGGAUUGGUUUGAGGAGGUGGUCCUGAGGGCUUUGAGAGUGGUGGUGGAGUUGAUAGGAGUUAAGAAGGAGGUGUCAGUCAUGGUGCUACCGCUGUUAUUGUAUGAGAUAGCAAAUGUCAAAUCGCCAAGUAUAAAGUUGGAGUGUUUGAGAGCAUUACCGAAAUUAGCUAAAUAUAAGGAAAAUGUACCGACUGUAGUGUCUAUCCUGAGUAAGCUGAAGGCGGGCAAGGGAGCGCCAACAUCCUUCCUCAUUAUGUUAUAUGCGAGUUUAGCUGAAACACAGGUGCGUUGCUUCCCGUAUCUGCAAGAGAUACUGGCGGAAACUGGAACGGGGCGGCCUGACGAACUCAGCUGGGAAGUGGAGAUCGCUAGAGCCCUGGCCGUCGAGAGGAUAUGUGAAAUUAGGCCGUCGAGCCACGGGUUGGAGUUGGUGCCUACGAUAUCGUCGAUCCUGAACCGGUGCACGGAGCGUGGUGGCGGUGGCGGCGGUGGCGGCGGUGGUGUGGUGGGGUCUCGGGCGCUGCAUGCGCUGGGCUGCCUGUGGCGCGGCGCGGCGGUGGCGCCGCCCGGGACCUGGAGGGCCCUGGAGCCCAAGCUGGGGCCCGACCGCAGGCCCGCCAUGCAGAUCAGCUUAUGCAAGCUGCUGUCAGAAGUGCCAGCACUACGGGUGCAGACUCCUGAAUAUGACAAGUUACUGAGCGAUACAGCGAGGAAGCUAUGGUCUUACAUCGCUGAGUCCAACCACCCCGAGGUUGUUGAAGCGGCCUGUGACGCGCUUGCCGCUUACAAAAUAGACGAUUACAAGCUUAAAGAUGUACCAGAGAUAUAUAGAAGGACAGUGAAACUACCGGCGUCGUACUGCAAGACUCCCGCGGACGCAGCGAGGAAUCCCGAAGACGUUUUGGAUUACGUGCCCAGCGAGGUGUGGCCAGAGGUAUACAAAUACAGCAACCAGGCGGCACUCGCGGGCGUGGGUCGUCUGGCACGGCACUUGAUAGAGCGCGAGGUCCGCGGUCUCCGCAGCGGCGCGUACCAGCUGGACGGGCGUCUCGAGCCGCCGUUGCCGUCGCUGGCUGUCCUCCACCCGCACUCCGUGCUACGAGGGUUGCUGCACUGCUUCAGGACUCAGGUCACGUCCCCAUCCUUCGAAUUCCCUGAUGCAGUCCUCCUCUCUAUUCUGCACACCCUCAACGAGGACUACUGUAAGCCGUUCCCUCCGAUGGACCUGUGCUUUCUACAUGAGACCUUCCACCGUGGCACGUUAUGGCGGGCUGGCUGCAUCAAGUUGGCUGCCAGGCAAGCGCAGACUUCUCCAUCAGCGAGGAGGUUCCUGGAGAAUUAUCUGCAGGGCAUAGAUCCUGGCACUACUGAUGAUUCAGAAAUAAUGCAAGUAUUUGAUAUCCUACCGAUACUAUGCCGGGGACUGCCUCCAAAUUCACUGCGAGGACCCAUAGAACAGUGUCUCAGCGAAUCCUUCUCCACCACAAUCAGAGUGAAGAAAAAUGAGGAAGAAUGCAUGUUUGUUAAACAACUAGCCAUGAUACGGCAAUGCUUGGAGGCUGAGAGGAUACACGAUGCGAACAGUACGCUGUUAUCUCAGAUCGUGGAGCAUUACUUCUCACUAAUAUCGGACGAUAAUGUGGCAUGGCCAGCGUACGUGAACACUACCCGGUCACUGUCAUCCAAGUACCUGGAGAGGAUGACCUUGCCCAGCUCCUGGUGGGAGACGUCACCGGAACUGCUGCGGAAGGCGGCAGACGUGAGAUGCGCUGCAGCCUCCGCCUCAUCAUCUCUCGUGUGGCUCAACGAACUCAUAGAUGCGCAGGCGCAGGAUAUUACCGGACAAGAAUUCUCAUUAAAAUGUAUGAUGGAUCCACUAAAGGCUGCUAAACCUGACGAGCCUUCCACCAGGGAGUGGUUUCUCCAGCUCAUGGCUCGAACACAAGUGGCUUUCAAUGAAACGGUGGACAUAUCGGCAAAAGUGUAUCUAUGCGACGUGUUGAUAUUAAGCGUGGUGACGUUUUGUGGUCACUGGGCGCUGUGUCCUGAUGCUGUACAGCAGCUGACCGCCAACAGUCGGCGGGCGCUGCUGCCAGCUGCUUGUGCAGCGUUAUUCGCACGGGAAGCCUGGACCGACUGCACGGUGCAUAUGCUAGAAUGGCUGUACCACACCCGUGACUCAGUGGGUGAACCUGACACCGCGAUGUGGUGCCAGCGAGCUCUAUUGGCACUCCGCCAUUCGCACCACUUUGCCCAUCACAAGAUAUGGACCAGAUUAGAGAGCCACUUUGUUAAAAACGCAGUCGCCAUGGACAUAUGAUGUUGAAAAUAAAGAUUUAAAGGCAGAUUUCUGAAAUGGAUACGAGUGAUUCAAGGGAAAGUUUUAUAUGUACAAGACAUGCACAAAAUAGUAUUGUAAAGCUGGAAAAAAAUGAUAAAUCACCCGUGCGAAGGCAGAGUGGGUCGCCAGUCUUACGUGGAAGUUUGUGAGUGUGGAUAGACACGUUUUUUGUAAAUAGAAAACAUCAAGUCCAAUACCAGACAAAAUCAUGCAUUUAAGUACAGUGUAAUCUCACUAAUCCGGCACUAUUAAAAACUGGAGGGUGCCGGAUUAUUAGAAUGUUCGGAUUACUGGAUUAUACUGAAUAGAAUAGAAUA